UUGGUCCCGCUUUAUUAGCAAGUCCGGCGCUGGAGUUGGGCCUCGGAAAGUGUCCCGAAGAGAAGAGGAGGAGGAGGAAGAAGAGGGCAGAGGACUCCAUGGGUGGCGGGGAGCGGCGUCGCGCCCGCGGGAGCCUCGGCGGCACUGCAUGGCCCCGGCGUUGGCGAUGACUUCUGCCCAGAGCGGGCUUAAGGGGGCCUCGGCCAUGGGGGCCGAAGAGGAGGGCGGAGGCGGCAGCGGCGGAGGAGGAGAGGACAAGCCCAAGGCGGCCCCGUUGGCUCCGCUGCCUUUCAGCGUGGAGGCGCUCAUGGCCGACCACAGGAAGCCCGAGCCGGGAGGGGCCCCGAGGAGGAGCCUGAGCCCCCAGUCGGCGGGCCCCUCGGCGCCAGGGAGGCCCGCCUCGCCCAGGGCCCUCGCCAACCGCUUCGGCGCCGUCGGAGCCUUGGGCAAGUUGCCCGACGAGGCGCUGCUCAAAGCCGAGAGCCCCGACCAAGCGGACCCCACGCCCUGGAUGCAGAGCCCUCGCUUUUCCCCGCCGCCUCCAAGGCGCUCCAGUCCCCCAGCCUGCACACUCCGGAAGCACAAGACCAACCGCAAGCCCCGGACACCCUUCACUACAGCGCAGCUGUUGGCACUGGAGCGAAAGUUCCGCCAGAAGCAGUACCUGUCCAUCGCAGAGCGGGCCGAGUUCUCCAGCUCACUCAGCUUGACAGAGACCCAGGUCAAGAUCUGGUUCCAGAACCGGCGCGCCAAGGCCAAGCGGCUCCAGGAGGCCGAGCUGGAGAAGCUGAAGAUGGCCGCCAAGCCCCUCCUGCCCCCUGCUGCAGCUGCUGCCUUUGGCCUCUCCUUCCCUCUGGGUGGCCCUCCAGCCCUGGCUGCUGGCGCCUCGCUCUACACCUCGGGACCCUUUACACGGGGUGCCACCCUGCCCGUCAGCCCUGUCGGACUCUACGCAGCAGCCCACGUGGGCUACAGCAUGUACCACCUGAGCUAGAGGGGACCUCCCACCCACAAAAAUAAUCAAAAAUGAAGGAGACAUUGCUUCCUUCCAGUGCCGGAUUGAGGACAAAUGAGGUCCUGUGCUAGUUAAGUGAUGAGGCCCCUUCCUUGGGCCCUGAAGGAAAUCGGCCUGGUAGGCCUUCACAGCCUGCUUUGUGGCACACUCCCAUAGACUUUCACCUCUAUCAUUAUGUCUGGAAUUGCUCAGAAACAGAAUCACAUCCACCCUCAAAAUAAGCACAAUGGUCAAUUCGGCACUGUUCCUCCCUCCCUCGUGUCCCAUGUAAUAUACCUGUACAGUUGGAAAAUUUAUUAUCGUUUAUAUUAAUAGCUAUAUUUGAUAAAUAAAUUAAUUUUAAACGAC